AUGUCGGCGGUGCUCGCUUCCGGCGGAGGCUUAACUGCCGGAGAUCGCAGCAUUAUCACGGCGAUAAAUACCGGCGCGUCGAGUCUCUCUUUCGUCGGCUCAACAUUCAUCGUCCUCUGCUAUUGCCUCUUCAAAGAACUUCGCAAGUUCUCUUUCAAGCUCGUCUUCUACCUUGCUCUCUCUGAUAUGCUCUGCAGUUUCUUCUUAAUCGUUGGGGAUCCUUCAAAAGGGUUCAUUUGUUAUGCACAAGGCUACACCACACAUUUCUUCUGCGUAGCUUCGUUCUUGUGGACAACCACUAUUGCUUUCACUCUUCACCGCACUGUGGUUAAGCAUAAAACUGAUGUGGAGGAUUUGGAAGCCAUGUUUCACUUGUAUGUCUGGGGAACCUCCUUGGUUGUGACUGUGAUACGUUCUUUUGGUAACAACCACUCGCAUUUGGGGCCAUGGUGCUGGACCCAAACUGGUCUUAAGGGAAAGGCUGUUCAUUUCUUAACUUUCUAUGCUCCUCUUUGGGGUGCGAUUCUCUACAAUGGGUUUACAUACUUCCAAGUGAUACGAAUGCUAAGAAACGCUAGACGUAUGGCGGUUGGAAUGUCAGACCGAGUGGAUCAAUUUGAUAACAGAGCAGAGUUAAAGGUGUUGAAUCGAUGGGGAUACUAUCCGCUCAUUCUGAUAGGAUCAUGGGCGUUCGGUACUAUCAACCGCAUUCAUGAUUUCAUCGAGCCAGGCCAUAAGAUCUUCUGGCUCUCAGCUCUUGACGUUGGAACAGCUGCUCUAAUGGGAUUGUUCAAUUCAAUAGCAUAUGGUUUCAACAGCUCAGUGCGCCGAGCAAUUCAUGAGAGACUGGAACUAUUCUUGCCGGAACGGUUAUAUCGAUGGCUUCCGAGCAACUUCAGACUAAAGAACCACCAUCUGAUUAUGCACCAGCAACAACAACAGCGAAGCGAAAUGGUCUCACUCAAGACCGAGGAGCAGCAAUGA